AUAUCUCAAAGCACAGACCACUAACAUGGAGUCCUACCAGCCGGCAGCUAAUAUGGCUGAUUCAUUAAAGCAGAAAUUACAACUGUUCAUCGCAUGUAGGAAGUUGAAAGACCUGGACUAUAUCUCGAAGUCAGACCCCUUUGUGGAGGUCUAUGUCAAGCAUGAUGAGAGAUCCCAUUGGGUGCUCGUUGGGAAGACUGAGACUAUCCAGAAUAGCCUUGACCCACAGUUUGCAACCCCAAUCGUGAUGGAUUACUACUUUGAGAAAAACCAAGAGAUUCGAUUUGAAGUUUAUGAUGAAGAUCCUAGUCAGAAGGAGAAACAAGGUACGCAUCAGACUAAUGUAGCCAGCCUUCUUGGUGCAAAGAACCAGACUUACUAUGCUCCACUUGUGUUAGAUAAGAAGUCUAAGGAAAAUCGUGGAUCUAUUGUUAUUACCACUGACGCCGUCAAAGAUAGCAACAAGUCAGCCAUCAUUAGCCUUGAAUGAUCCAAAUUAAAAUCAAAGAAAGAAUUCUUUGGUCUAGUUAGUACCAAUCACCCAUUUCUAGAAAUCAAACGUUGAAGAACACGAGAGUCCACUCUUGAGGACAUCAGGGAUGCUAUCAAAGUGUACACAUCUCCAGUCUUGAAGCCCACUCUGAAUCCAGUCUUCAACUUGGGAGAGAUCUCGCUGGACAAACUGUGCAACAACGACAUCGACUUGCCGCUGCUGUUUCAGGUGUGGUCCUACCAGAAGUCAGGCAAACACCGCAUCUACGGAACUGUCCAGGGUUCGGUCAGGCAGAUGGUCGACCAAGUCGGAGUAGAGCACUCAAUCAUUAAGAAGCAAGGCAACCCUUAUGGUACAAUGACAUUCUCCAGGUUUGAUUACAUUGAAAAGCCAACAAUGGUAGAUUAUCUGAGAAGUGGAUGGAAGAUCUCCUUAAGUGUGGCAAUUGAUUUUACAGCGUCUAAUGGAGAGCUCUCUGAACCAUCUUCUCUUCACUACAUUGAUCCAAAUAACCCAGCAAAAAUGACCCAAUAUGAGCAAGCAAUUUACAAUAUUGGAAAUAUUCUCGAGCCUUACGACUCUGAUAGAAACUUUCCAGUCUUCGGCUUUGGAGCCAAACCAAGGUUUUGCGGAAUAGAGCAAGUUUCUCAUUGUUUUCCCCUUAAUGGCAAAGAGAAUCCAGAAGUUGAAGGAGUCCAAGGCAUUCUCGAAGCAUACAGAAAUGCCAUGUAUGGUGGAAUUGGACUCUAUGGGCCUACCAACUUCACUCCUUGUUUGCAAGCAAUGGCCAACUUUAUCAAAGAUAGAGUGUCCUUAUGUGAAUACAACAUCAUGCUUUACAUCACUGACGGAGCAAUUACUGACAUGGACGAAACAAUUGAGGAAAUUGUAAAAGCAAGUCACUUGCCAAUGAGCAUUAUCAUUGUAGGAGUUGGGACAGCUAACUUCUCCAGAAUGGAAGACUUAGACUCUGAUGGGCAGAUGCUUCGCGAUAAGUAUGGAAACUGCGCAUCAAGAGACAUAGUACAGUUUGUGCAAUUUAACAAUUACUCCAGUGACGUCUCAUACUUACAUGAGGAUGUCCUGAGAGAGGUACCAGGACAACUGGUAAGAUACAUGGCUAACAAUGGUAUUUCGCCAAAUCCAGUUGCUCAUGCACAAUAUUAGAAUGAAAUAUUUUCAUAAGGUGCUAACAGUUUUAGAAUCCU